AUGAGACUCACUUUGAUUCCUCCACACACUCUUCCUGUUGGAGCUCCAUCCUCCAUCUUCCUGCAGAUCUGAAGAACUCACACACACCUGAAGAGCAGGAUGCAGCGCUUCAGAGAAGGCAUUCACAUCCGGACGAUGAAGGCCAAGAGGAAAGUGGAGGAGAUCUCCAAAGAGAACGUCCAGGCUUUCUUCAAGAAGAACGCCUUUGUUCUCUUCACAGUGGCAGCAGUUGUCGUUGGUAUCAUUCUGGGAUUCGCGCUCCGUCCGUAUAAGAUGACCUAUCGAGAAGUGAAGUACUUCUCUUUCCCCGGAGAGCUGUUGAUGAGAAUGCUCCAGAUGCUCGUUCUCCCCUUACUGGUCUCCAGUCUGAUAACAGGAAUGGCAGCGUUGGACAGCAAAGCGUCAGGAAAGAUGGGCAUGAGAGCCUUGAUUUAUUACAUGACCACGACCUUCAUCGCAGUCUUCACCGGGAUCAUCGUUGUCCUCAUCAUUCACCCCGGGAAAGGAUCCAAAGCGGAGUUUGGAAAGCAGCAAAAGAUCGAGCAAGUCAGUCCUGCGGACGCCUUCUUAGAUCUGAUCAGAAACAUGUUUCCUCCAAACCUGGUCCAGGCCUGCACCCAGCAGUUCAAAACCAAGUAUGGAAAGCGGGUUGUCACUGUGACGAUGACGGUGAACGAAACCCUCUUCAACUCCACCAAUGCGACCCAGGAGGUGAUGGAGAUCUCCAGAGAGGAAGCGAUCCCGGUGCCGGGCCAGGUCAACGGGGUCAACGCUCUCGGGCUGGUGGUCUUUUCCGUGUGCUUUGGUUUGAUAAUUGGCAACAUGAAGGAGCAGGGCCAGAUCCUCAGGGACUUCUUCGACGCCCUGAAUGAAGCCAUCAUGCGCCUGGUGGCCAUCAUCAUGUGGUACGCUCCUAUCGGGAUCCUGUUCCUGAUCGCAGGAAAGAUCGUGGAGAUGGAUGAUCUGACUCAGAUGGGCGGCCAGCUGGGGAUGUAUACCAUCACGGUGAUAAUCGGGUUACUAAUCCACGGAGUUCUUAUUCUUCCCACUCUUUAUUUUGUUAUCACUCGGCAAAACCCCUUCACCUUCAUCGCUGGCAUCCUGCAAGCUCUGGUCACCGCCCUGGGAACAUCCUCCAGCUCUGCAACCCUGCCUGUCACCUUUAAAUGUCUGGAGGAGAACAACAAAAUUGACAAGAGAAUCACACGCUUCGUGCUGCCGGUGGGAGCCACGAUCAAUAUGGAUGGAACGGCGCUUUAUGAGGCGCUGGCGGCCAUCUUUAUAGCCCAGGUCAACAACGUGGAGAUGAACUUUGGUCAGAUCCUCACCAUCAGUAUCACAGCCACUGCGGCCAGCAUUGGAGCGGCAGGCAUCCCUCAGGCCGGACUGGUCACCAUGGUGAUUGUUUUGACCUCUGUUGGACUUCCUACUGAUGACAUCACUCUCAUCAUUGCGGUCGAUUGGUUCUUGGACCGUCUGCGGACCACCACCAAUGUUUUGGGGGAUUCGAUCGGAGCGGGUAUCGUAGAGUUUCUGUCUCGACAUGAGCUCCGCAGCAAAGACGUGGAGAUGGGGAACUCCGUGCUGGAGGAGAAAGAGAGGAAGAAACCUUACAAGCUCAUCUCCCAGGAUAGUGAUUUUGAAAAUGACAAACGUGCUCACAGUGAAUCCAACAUGUAGGUCACAUGGUUCUGUUUGAAGGGAUAGAGACCUGAUUGCUAGAUGAUGUUUCCACCAUAACGUUGCUGACAUUAUUUCACACAUUUGUUAACGUUCCUUUAUUAUCUAGUCCUGCAUCACGUUCAUUUCUGAUUUGUAUGUUUACUACUUUAAUAUUUUAUCUUCAUAUAACAUGUAGUGAUUGAGGUGAAGGUAGAUUUAGAUACAUGUGACAGAUUUAAACACUGCAUUAAAAUAAGCAUUUUGUCACCAGGACAUAGCUCAACUUAAAUAAAAAUGUCUCUUUAUCGUCACAACAUAAGUUAAUAUUGUGGUUUUUAUUACAGGUUAUAACAAGAAUGCAAUGUGUGUGUGUGUGGUGUGGUGUGUGGUGUGUGUGUGUGGUGUGGUGUGGUGUGGUGUGGUGUGGUGUGGUGUGGGUGUGUGCGUGUGUGCGUGCCUAUGUGUAUGUGUGUGUGUGUGGCUGAAUUUUUUACCAACAUUGCUAAUUUUCUGUAGAUAUGACAGUGAAUAUGUUGGGUGAUUUAAUGCUUGUUAACGCUUCUGAUUUCAAUAUGAAUGUGUGACGCGGAUAUUGAAGUCUCUCUGAGAAAAUGGUGACCUAUACUUUUUGUUUAUUAUAACGAAGUUUAGUGAAAUAAAAUACAAAAAUAA